CCAGAGUUGGACUACCAGGGUGUAACGCGUCUGAACUACAACCACGCGCCCAAUUUCAACCCUCGGCAUCGCUCGUGCUAAUGAUGGCUUGUGAACCUCGGACUGUUCCGGUGACUUGAAGCCUUAUUGUUUUCCGGUCACUAUGGCACUGCCAUUCCCCUACGUGUUUAUCUCAUGCCCCUGCUCAGAGGCGUCGACAAGGGCAUUGACCUCAAAAAGAUCCUCCAGAGACGUGGACUUCGAUCGGGACCUCGAGGAAGAUGAAGAAACUUUUGAUCCGCGACAUCCUAGGGCCGCCUUUUCGCUUUUCCCGCUCGAGCAUUUACUGUACUGCGAGGAAUGUCACGAGAUCAAAUGCCCACGGUGUGUGACCGAGGAAAUCAACGCCACAUACUGUCCAGACUGUCUUUUCGAAAGCUCCAAAGUCAUGGUACGAGGCGAAGGGAACAGAUGUCCCCGGAACUGCUUCCACUGCCCGAUAUGUACUUCGCAAAUGAUCACCACCUCGAUUGGCGAUCCCCGGAACGGGCCAUUCAUCCUGAACUGCAACUACUGUAUGUGGAAUACGCUGGACGUGGGCAUCAAAUUCGAUAAGGCCACGGGAAUCCGUGGGCAGCUAGACGAAAUGGUCAAUGGCGGAGGCAAGCAACAGCCACCGACUAUACGGUCGCCCUAUUCUAGCCAUACCGAGCCUGCUCGCAAGUCCUCUCUUUCUCAACCCCCUUUUUCUCCUGGAGAGAGACCCGAAGUCGCGGACACAACAACGGAGAAAACAGGCUCAGACGUACCACUAGACCCAACCGCCAGAUUCAACGCACUGAAAGCAUUUUACAAAGAGCAAAUCACCGAAUCCUCAGCGACAGAUGCCAGUUUCCCAGCAUCGGCGCUCGACAUGGCCUAUUCAUCACCAUCGUCGCUGCAGCGGAUCAUGAACAUCUACACCAACCGAGAAAACUCGACCAAGCGAGCUCGACAGAAGCUGACGAUCAUGCGAGAGGCUCGGACAGCUAGCGAGGGAUUGAUCCUGACCGGAAGCAUCACCACCCGGGAUUCUUCGUCGAACAUUGACUACAAUCGGACGACAACCCCGGACCAACGAGCAUUUCAAUAUCCAUCCUUCAUCGGCAAUCCAGAUGCACUCCGUCUGGCAGACCUCAAACCCAUGCCAACGUUGAUGCGAACCAAACGAUCAAAACGGUGCGCCACAUGCAAACACAUCCUCACGCGGCCAGAGUUCAAAAUCAGUUCCGCUCGCUACCGCAUCAAAUUGAUCGCUCUGAAUUACAUCCCAUUUGUAACUGUUAAGCCGCUCCCGGUUACAGGUGGUCUCUUGCCUCUAGGACCAGACGGGGGAGAUGUGGUCCUCACACCGGGCAAGCCGGUUCAGUUCAUCAUGACGCUGCGCAACCCGCUGUUCGACGACGUCAAUGUCAGUCUGGGUUCUCCCAGCGUCACACCGGGCCGACAUGGCCACAGAAUCACCAUCCUGUGUCCGCAGUUUCGCAUCGGCAAGAAUAGCGAUGCUUGGGACGAUGCACUUAACACUGAUAACAACACAUUGGACGGACGUGGCGGCGGUGGCGGCACAGCUGCUGGAGAGCAAAUCGCCGGGAAACUGUACGAUAAAGGCAGGAACUGGGCAAGCGUCGUGCUGGAGAUCAUUCCCGCCAGUAUUGUCCGUCAGCAGACCGAAGAACUGGACGAGGACGAAGAUGUCAUCGAGAUCCCUAUCCGCGUCAGGCUCGGGUGGACUGUCACGGCUGAUGAUGCCGGAUUGGAACAUGACCGACGGAAGAGGGACAAGGACAAGCUGUUAGAUGACGGCGACGAAAUUGACGAUGGGAAAAGGGAGUUGAGUUACUGGAUGGUACUGGGAAUUGGAAGAGUUGCUUGUUGAUAUGCACCUAGUAGCACUGCAAGUUUCAAGAUACCCAGAUUGUACUGAGCAUAGCAUAGCACAGCACCUCGGAUUCGAUGCUAAUAUUGCUGCAAUUGAAG